AUGGAUCGGAACAGAAUGAAACAUUAUUGUUCUGUACUAUUCCUAUUAUGUGCCAUUUUUAUUUCUUCUGUCAUUGGAUCCAAGUAUCAAACUCGUGUACAAAGAGGACAACUGCUCAAGCAUGCUACACAGAAAUAUGGAUUGAGAAGCUUUUUUCAACACCAGCAUGUCGCAGAUUUCCGAGAUUAUGCAUAUUUUGGAAACAUCACUUUGGGAACUCCAAUCGCUUCUGCUCCUGAACAAACCUUCCUUGUAGUUUUGGACACUGGUAGCUCAAAUGUAUGGGUUCCGGAUAACACUUGUGGUUUACAUGACCAACGCUCCGCAUGCCAGCGCAAGAAUAAAUUCUUUGCCACAGACUCCAGUUCAUAUGAAAAGGACGGUCGCCCAUUCAGUAUAAGCUAUGGAACUGGAAGUGCUUCGGGAGUUUUCGGAAAGGAUACUUUAUGUUUCUCCGAUACCACUCUCUGCAUCAAGUCGCAAAUAUUCGGGCAAGCAAGCACUAUCGCUCCAUUCUUCGCUAAUCAAGAAAUCGAUGGGAUCCUCGGAUUGGGAUUCACAGAUCUAGCAGUCAACGAUGCACCACCGCCAUUUGUGAAUGCUGUGAAUCAGGGACUUGUGGAUCAGCCAAUUUUCACAGUCUACCUAGAACAUCAUGGAAUGAAACGAGCAGCCAAUGGGGGAUAUUUCACAUAUGGUGGAGAGGAUCCGGACCAUUGUGGAGAGAUCAUUACAUGGAUUCCAUUGACAAGAGCUUCAUAUUGGCAAUUCAGAAUGCAAGCAGUUGGAGUCGAUAGUGUUCACGAGAACACCGCUGGAUGGGAAGUGAUUUCAGAUACUGGAACUUCGUUUAUUGGAGGACCGGGAAAAGUUAUAGAAAAAAUUGCAGAGAAGUAUGGAGCGGAAUACGACGAGUUCAAUGAAUCCUACUUUAUUCCAUGCUCCAAAGUGAAAAGUCUUCCAUCCCUGAAAUUGCAAAUCAAUGAUAUACAAUUAGAGAUCGAUCCUAUCAAUUUAGUUGCUUACCCGGAUUCCAAAGAAUGUGAUCUCACACUUUUCGGUAUAUAUGGAGGAGGAUUCGGUCCUUCGUGGAUCCUCGGCGAUCCGUUUAUUCGCCAAUUUUGUAACAUCCAUGACAUUGAAAACAAACGGUUAGGCCUUGCUCAUUCCAAGCAGCAAGACGAUAUUUAA